UAAAUGAAACAACACCUUGGAACGUGUUGCUGUAAACAUGUCUAAGAAAAAUUAUUUGUUUAUACGAUGCAUUAUUUUUCUGUGGGCGACGGGGUGUGUAGUGGUAGCUGAACACCAGAAAAGGGACGUGCAUAGAAUCAUACUUCAGGAAAGGGUGCCUAGGAGUCAUAAGAGCCACAGUCAUCACAAUCACAGCCGAGGAAAGAGGAAAGGCCACGGUCAUAAACAAGGAAAGAGGAAUAGCGAUGAAUCAUAUUCCCUUAGCGUUGAAGAUAACCAAAGUUUUGAAGACAUUUUCAAGAAUCAUAAGAAUCACCACCAACACCACAAUGAUCCAAUAUUUACUAACCCCCACUUCGGAUCAACCUUGGAUCACCAAGAAUCCAGGCAUCAUCCAUUCAAAGAAGAACUCCAACCUUUCUACGGCAGCGAAUGGACUCCCAUUAACUAUGAGAACCAGCAUUCCCAUGAGUUACACCACAGAGAAAAAGACAGAAGAACUAAGAGAAGACCUAAGAAACCUAACUAUAAACAUCCCCACAAGCAUUAUGGCGACUAUGUUAAUUCUCCAAGUAAAGUAUUAGGUAAGCCAUUUAUAGAGUUGGGAAACUCUGAACAUUUAGGAUCAAUCCAUCACUCAGGUCCUUCUAACAACCUUCCACCGACGUUUCCAUCAUCUCUCGAAUCGUCCACAUUAUACCCUCCCAUAGAUGUUCUGUCGACAUUUUCAGCGUUAAAUAAACAACUACUUGAAACCAACCCUCCUAAUCUUGAAGAUGGUGAACCAAAAGAAGACCCCGAUCGUUUAAAAAACCAUAAAAGCAGCUACGACGUUCAAGAAAGCGUGGCUUCUGAACUAGGAACAGUAAUUUAUAUGCCAGACACUACACCUGCAGAGUUCAGCCCAUUGGAGUUCUCUCACCAGGGACCUUCAUUUCACCAGGGACCUUCACCUCACCAGGGACCUUCACCCUCCCUGAAAUUUGAAGCCAAGCCCAAUACGAGACACAGAGGAAGUAAAAAAUUUAAUAGUCGAUUCUCAUAGGUUUAUUUUUUAUUUCCGUUGUAAAUUAUUAAUGAUUUUUAAUUCUACAAUACUUGUAGGAGAAAUCGACGAUAUCUACUGCGUCUAUUUUGCUCUCCUAGUGAAUGUUUAGUGAUUAUAAUACCAUAUGUAGUUCCACUUACUAGCUGGUCGGAUAAGUAACCUCCUUUGACAUGGAAAAUUCUGCAAAACAGAUGUCAGUCAUCCUUCUGUCAGUCAUUCGUCAAUUAAUCUCAUCCUUCGAGCUGAAUUUUUUAUUUCCGAAUCAUCUCUUCAGAUUUAGGAACAGAUAAUAAUCGUUUGGGACCAAAUCGGGAGAAUAACCCGGAUUAGAAAGCAAUUCGAAGCCCAACUCAUGAAUUUUUAACAUUGUCAUAACGCUCGUCAGUCAUUGCAUUGUGUUGAAGAAACAAUUUUUUUUCUUGUGCAUAUGAAGCCGUUUCUCAAUGAGUUCUAGCUUCAGUUUUAUGCUUUUAUUGAUAUAAUUGACUUUUUCAAGAUAGUAAAUUAAAAUUAUGCCUUUGCAAUCCCAAAAUACAGUGGAUAUGACCUUUCCCACACAUUGAUCGACUCUUGGCUGCUCCUGAGCACUUUUGUCGGCUACAGCUCACUGACAUGCGUUCAUUCUGCUCUCUGGUGUGUAGUAGUGCAUCCAGGUUUCAAUAAUCGACCCAAAAAUCCGUCGAAUUGUGAUUCAUAAGGUCCAAACACUACUAGAACGGUCACAGGAUUAUGUUUUUGGUCAAUAUUCAGCAAACGUUGCACCCAUCGACAAGAUAAUUAUUUCAUAUUCAAAACUUGUUCAAAAUAUGACUAGUGCGCUUUUUGCUAAUUCUUGUAGCCUCUGCCAAUCCACGCACCUUCACUUUACGAUCAGCUGAAACCACGUCUCUACAUUUUCCGGUGUAACUGCAUUGGUGGACCGUCUACUAUAGUUCAUACCAAACUCUUCUUUCAGUGCGUCAUUCAUUUUGACGUCAUAUAGGAUUGUCGCAAAUCAUUGCAUGUUUUAGUUAAAUCUGACAGUUGUCAGAAUCAAUAUUUAUAGAAAUUUUUGCCAGAAUAUUAAUAUUUAAAAUAUUUUAAUGAAAAAACAAAUAAAUAUAAAAUAGAAUUUCACUAUACAAUGUCGGAAUAUACCAAUGUCAUUAAAUAUUUUUAUAUUUACGUCGUUGAAAAAUUCUAACCUAAAAUUUUAAUUGUCAUUUUACCCGUUGGCAUUGUGAAAGUACUGUCACGAUCGAUUACUUUUGCUAAUCUAUCUAUCUAGCUAAGUUCCUAAACUAUAAAAUAAACGGAUCAAGGUCUAUGUGAAAUCCAAAGAUUAAAGUUUAGUUGGUGAACAUUUUCCUCAUUACAUGCUCCUUUUUUUUUCUUUUUCGUUGUCAACAAACAUUCUGAAACAAUUUCUAUAACAUAAGUGAUAUUCGAGAAAAAAUCUCAAUUUUAAUAACACUUAGAAUGGUUACUGUCAAAAUGUACCUAUAUUAUUGUUUAAGGUUAGUUUGAGAGAAUUAAAAAGAGGCUUAGUUGUACAGAAAGAUAUUUAUUGUUUUCU